UGAGGCUAUCUCCCUUUUUUACUGACACUUACGUUGACUUACGUUUUGCUGACACUUACGUUUUGUUGGUUUUGUUUUCAAACUCAUUCGUAUUGGAAAUUCGUCUUGAACAGUCGCAAAUCGAAGUAGUUGGAAAAUUUACUUUUGCAAAGUUUUUCGCUGGGACCAAGAAAUUUUCCAAAAACCAAAAGGAAAUUGUGCGGAUCGUCCGUGUGUGUGUGUGUGAGAGAGAGAGUGUGUGCCAUCCAUCCUGCUGUCGCGUGUGUGUAUGCGAGUGUGGGGCCGCAAAUUAAAAGCAAUACCACACUGAAAAAACCGACACAAUCACACACGGAAAAGAACAGUUUAAUUACAAGUGAAAUUAGAGUGGUGCCCGAUAAUUGUCAACUGGCCAGGUCGACGGGGAAGCCAACGGAGGUGUUACGUGAAAAUCCCGGAGAUCGUCGAGGGCCAGAAAAUCACUUUUGUUGGCUGGCUGAAGGGAAAGAAAUUGAUUUUCCAUUUUCCACAAUUGCAAUUGGAAGCAAAGCAAAGCAGAGAAAAGAAGAGGAGUGGAGAGGAGGAAGAGAGCAAGUGUGUGUGUGUGCGUGAGCGAGGGGGUGUAAGAGAGAGAGCGGGCGAAGGAGAGAGCACCACUUCCAGGCGUCGCAUCCUCCUCCUUUCUCGCAUGCGAUGAAUAUUGUCGGGGAAUAUGAAUAUAGCUCCAAGGAUAUGCUGGGCCACGGCGCCUUUGCCGUCGUCUACAAAGGACGUCACCGCAAGAAACACAUGCCGGUGGCCAUCAAGUGCAUCACGAAGAAGGGACAGCUGAAGACCCAGAAUCUGCUCGGCAAGGAGAUCAAGAUCCUGAAGGAGCUCACCGAGCUGCACCAUGAGAAUGUGGUGGCUCUGCUGGACUGCAAGGAGUCCCAGGAUUGCGUCAGCCUGGUCAUGGAGUACUGCAAUGGAGGCGACUUAGCGGAUUAUCUGAGUGUUAAGGGGACGCUGAGCGAGGAUACCGUAAGACUCUUCCUCGUGCAACUAGCUGGUGCUAUGAAGGCACUUUAUACCAAAGGAAUUGUGCAUCGUGAUCUCAAGCCACAAAACAUUUUGCUAUCGCACAAUUAUGGCAAGACAUUGCCAGCUCCAUCGAAAAUAACCCUGAAAAUUGCCGAUUUUGGGUUUGCGCGUUUUCUGAACGAGGGCGCCAUGGCAGCCACUUUGUGUGGCUCACCCAUGUAUAUGGCUCCUGAGGUGAUCAUGUCGCUGCAGUACGACUCGAAGGCGGAUCUCUGGUCGCUGGGAACGAUUGUCUACCAGUGUUUGACUGGCAAGGCGCCAUUCUAUGCACAAACGCCCAACGAACUGAAGUUCUACUACGAGCAGAAUGCCAACCUGGCACCAAAAAUUCCAAGUGGCGUGUCGCCAGACUUGAGGGAUCUGCUGCUGUGCCUGUUGCGCCGCAACGCCAAGGACCGCAUCUCGUACGAGAGCUUCUUUGUGCACCCCUUCCUUCUGGGCAAGAAGGCGGCCGCGUCGCCAGGUGAGCCAAGCCUAGCAGCCAACCUGCGGCGGCGAGUCUCUAAGAGUGGUGUUCUUGCAGUUGACAUGCCACCGCUGGGCGGGACCCCGCCUGCCAAGGCCAAGAGCCCCCUGCAGCAGCAGCUGGAGCAGGAACUGCAGCUGGUCAAGCUGGCCGAGCAGCAGCAGAAGGAGCGCGAGGAGCAGGAGGCCCAGGAGGAGGAGAACACGGUGUCUGUAGUGGCAAAUCCGGCCAUAUGUGCCACCAUCACUAACGUGGGCGUGCUGUGCGACAGCGAGAACAACACCGGAUCGUGCAGCUCCCACGAGGACUCCGAUGACUUUGUGCUGGUGCCCAAGAACCUUCCGGAGGACCAGCGCCAGGGUCUGGCCCAGGCCCAAGUUCAGGCCCAGCCCGCUUCCGGUGGCCAGCGUCCACAGACGCAACAAAAUCAAUCCAGUCCGCCACGCCCCAGCAGUCUGCCCAUCUCAGAGCCUAAGCCAGUGCCUGCUCCGGCCCGUCGCCAGGUGGCCAACAACCCGGCCAGCUCCCCGGCCAGACAGGGCUCCGGGCCAUUGACGGUGGCCACUCUGGGCGGCCAGCAAAUACCCCGAUCCCAGCCCAUUAGCGUGAAGCAACCGCGACCGGAUCAGCGCAAGAGCAGUGUGAGCAGUGACAUUAACUCGAUCUCGCCGCCGGCGGUGCAGUUUGCCAUUGGAACGCCGCCCACGCGGAUGCGCUCCGCCUCGGGAGGAUCGCUGUCGGAGACACCGCCGCCGCAUGCUCCGAGCACCUGGCAGGUGUCGCCGGGGCAUUCGCAGUCGCCUUUGCGCCGGAGUGGCAACAGCUCCCCAGUUCUGCCGUCCGCAGCGCUCACCAAACUGCCCACAUUGGGCAGUCCUACCAUGCUUGUGGCACCGGGAUCACUGGGUUCGAUUGGCUCGGCGGGCAGUGGAUCGGAGAACAAUAACCAGCAUCAUAUGCUGGGACCGCGAGCUUUCACGCUGCCCGAACUGGGGGCCACUGGCGGGCUGCAUAGUCUGCUGGACACAGGAGCCGGCGGUGGUGGCGAACCACAUGCAUUCCAGGCCCCCGAGCUCUCGGAGGAAACGCUGAUGGAUCGCGAGCACAACGAGACCCUGUCCAAGCUGAACUUUGUGCUGGCUCUCACCGAUUGCAUUCAGGAGGUGGCCGACUCGCGGUGUGCACCGCUCUCCACGCUCAUGGUGGCCGGCAGUCAGUCGGCGGCAGCAGCGGCGGCGGCGGAUGCCCAGCAGAUACCGCCGCACGCCCCGGAACAUUGCAAACGGGCGGAGCGCCUGGUGCUGCUCGUCCGAGGGCUGCAGCUCCUCUCGUCCGGCAUGAAUCUGGCCUCGCAGCAGCUGCGCAACGGCCAGCUGAAGCCGUCGUCCAAUGUGAAGAAUGCUUUGCUCACCAUGAACGCCAAGUACAGGAGCAUGCUCUUCGAGUCGAAGCGCCUUAAUGGCAGCGGUCUGUUGCAGAAGGCGAAUGCAUUUAACAUAACGGCGGACAAGAUUCUCUACGAUUACGCUCUUGAUAUGUGCCAGGCGGCUGCUUUGGAUGAGCUUCUGAAGAACACCAAGAAUUGCUUCGAGCGUUACAACACCGCACACAUUCUGCUGCAUUCGUUGGUGCAAAAGUGCAAUCAUCCGCAGGACAAAAUGCUGCUGAACAAAUAUCGCGAUGCCGUUGAGAAGCGUUUGAGCAUAUUGCAGCAGCAUGGCUACAUCUACGUGACCGAUGAGAAUGCCUAACUAUUUGGGCAGAAAGAGCUUUAUUCCAACCAUUUAGCACCGGCAAUCUUCACAACAUCAACAACAUUUCCUUAAGUUAUUCACCGUUUUCGUUGGGAGUGCAAACAUGUGAUUGAAACAAAAACUACACUAUCCAUACAUAGACAUACCGACAAAUAAUUUAAAGACCACCCACACAUUAUUUCUGGAGUUCUCAGUCCCCCAAAACUGUCCAAUGUAAAUAGUUUGAGCUAUGCUGAUAUAUGUAGUUUUUGUUUUUUAUAUUAUUUUCGGCCCGCGCGGCAACCAUAAUUGUUAAAGCUUAUAUCGAGUGCAGAUGCAACAUGAAUAAGGGCAGAUAAAAGUCCAUAUAGUCGUAAGAUAACCAUAAUAUUAUAAAUAUAUAUAUGUUUACAUAUAUAUGUACAACACGAAAGCUAACCAAGCAAACCACAUUACAUAACGUAAAGGGCAAUAUGCAAGCCAAACUCAGUUUAAUUCUAUGUUUAAGGGAAGCAGCGGCAGAACCCAGAUCCAUAUAUCAUGUGCUAGAAUUUCCCCCGUAGUUUUAAAGCCUACUUUCUUAUUUAACAAUCUAAUAUUCCCCUAUUAUUAUAUUACAAACAUACCAUACAAUAUUUAUGGCUGCACUACACAAACAUGUUUACAAUGUGCUAUGUUCAUAGUUUUUAGUUAGGUCUUUUCUAAAACAACUUUAAAGAGGUAUUUAAUUUUAUGACAAGAACUUUAUAUUUUAAAGAAACUUUUUAAGUUUUUCUACAACCGAAGCCCACAAAACUUUCGAAAAAAUCUAUAUAUGUAUGUGGUAUACAAAAGAAGGAAACACAUAAAAGAGUGUAUAAAAAGAAAUACCAACUUGAACUAAUAAAAAGUAAUAAGGAAAAUCGUAAA